CAAAUUCAAAACAAACCAGAUUUUUCAACUUUUUACCUUGUUUUUUGUCCAUGUCAGUGUUUACAAGGCUCUAAUGUGGUCAUAAAUAACUGACUGGAAUGUCAAAAAGGGUAGUUCUACCACCGCUUCCAAAGGUCUCAGAUCUAUUACGAAUUUAUGGUGUCCGUGCUAAGAAACAGCUCAGUCAGAAUUUCAUACUGGAUCAAAACAUCACUGAUAAAAUCGCUGGCGAAGCAGAUGUUUUUGACUGUUUUGUAUGUGAAGUUGGUUCUGGACCUGGUUCUUUGACGCGGUCUGUGCUCCACGCUGGCGCGAGGCAUGUUGCAGCUGUUGAGAUUGACCGCAGAUUCAUUCCAGCGCUUGAGAUAUUCAGACAACACCAUGGUAUUUCAAAAAGUAAAGAAGUUCAAAAGAUGCUGGCUGACUGCUCAGAAGGCAAAAUAAAAGUUUAUAAUGAGAAUAUCAUGAAGUUUAAUGUUCCUGCAGCUUUCUCCAAAGUGGAAGGUGUCGAGUGGGAAAAGGAUUACUUGCCAAGCGUUCGUUUGGUCGGAAAUUUACCCUUCAAUGUGUCGAUUCCGCUUCUCCUGCAGUGGUUGGAAGCAAUCUCCCAUCGCGCUGGACCGUUCACGUUUGGGCGAGUACCUAUGUCGCUUGUGUUUCAGAAAGAAGUCGCCGAUAAUAUCGUAGCAAAACCGGGACACCCUAAUUGCUCACGGUUAUCAAUAAUGGCGCAACAUUUGUGCGAAGUAAAGAGAAAUUAUCGAUUGCCCAGGACUGUAUUUGUCCCCGAACCCAAGGUGGAUGCUGCAUUGUUGCACUUGAUACCUUUAAAACAACCAAAAAUUGACGCUCCCUACGAAAUUGUGGAACAAGUUGUCAAAGCUUUAUUCUCCUUGAAAAGAAAGUUCAUUCGUUCUUCACUCAAAUGCUUAUUUCCAGGCGAUGAACAUUUAGUCGAUGAUUUCUUAGCUCUGGCCGAUAUUGAUCCAACUCUGAGAGCAACAGACGUAGAUAUGGCAGGGGCAAAUAGAUUAUGCGGGGCGUUCCUCGAGAUGACAGAAAACAUGAACUUAGAUCGUCUGCCGCUAAAAAUCAACAGACCAUCGCCUGUGCAGUGAAUACACUGAUCUUAUAAUACACUGGAUUAAGCAACCACACCUAUCGAAAACGAAGGCAGAAUUAAUAAACUUUCAGAGCAACAAUGAAAAGAGAAAAUACAUCCCUGGAACUUAGGAGGUGUCUUUUCUGUCGACUUUGUAUUUUUAAAAGUCGUGCGUCGAUGGCGAGUAUCGCAUUUCCCUUGGAUCUGGGUCUUCGGUAGUGCUGGCCCUCCGGUAAUGCUUGGCCUCCCGUAUUGCUGGGCCCCCGGUAAUGCUGGAUGAAUCCCCGGUAAUGCAUGGUCUCCGAUUAUGGUGGGUCUCCGAUAAUGCUGGGUCUUAUGCUGGGAUAUCAGUCGCCAGUGUAUUAUGAGAUCAUUGAGUGAUUACGAGAAAGACGCUAGCAAAACUAUUGCUUUCUGGAGAGUCAUCCCAGUUCAGUUUCAGUGCGUUAUAUAUCAUACUGUGAGUCUCUUGCCGUGAAAGUAAUGUUUCGUCAGGUUUGCGCAUGCUCAUGCUCAUAGUUUCUUCGUCUAAUUUUGGUCAUUUUUUGAAACUGGUUUCACUGAAAGUGAGACUAUGUGCACACGGUAACGUUUUCGAGCGUUUUCAUUUUCGUUUUCAUGCCAAAACGGUUUGAAACACCGUCAAUUUAGAAUAGAAGUUGAAGCUAACUUAUAAGAUAAAGCAUAUUUUUCCUUGGAACGUGUGGACAGGGCGUCAAAACGAUAAAAUGGACAAAAACGAUUUUGAAAACGCUCGAAAACGACGCUCGUGUGCACAUAGCCUGAGUAAACAAUAUUUAGAGUCAAUAAGCAGGUGAUCUUAAGUGGGGGGGAAUGACCGGGUCUCGUUGUCAAGUGGAAAUCCAUUUCUCGGCGGUUGAAACCACUUAAUAUCUCUCGAAAUAUGCAUUAUUUCGGUUUCAAAUUUAUGUCACAUGCAGCUACAGUUCUUAUAACCAAACAUAUUGUUGAAAAAUACACAAAAUGACGACCGGUUCCAUAAAGAAUAACAAGAGAUAUUAUUGAUCAAAUACUGCAGUGAUACUGAUAUUUGAAAUCACGUCGGUAAAGCAACCCAUCAUAACAAGUAGUGUAUUCAUUAAAAUUACUUUAUUUGUCGGUGUAUUCGACCGGAAAUAUUAAAGAACAAAUCAAGUGAU